UGUUUGUAAACAUCGUUGCCCGCGGCUCAAGGACGGCGCACGUGCGACGCGGGAACUCGGCUCGGUUCUAUCAUGCCUGUUUUAAAGAUACAGCAUAUCGUCUCGUUCAGUAGCGAGGACAAGGUUCACAAAGCGGAAAACCUUCUAAAGCCGGAAACGUACAGGAAGUGGAAAUGCGCUACACCAGGAGAAAAACAAGCCUCUGUGAUUUUGCAGUUGGAGAAAGCGUCCGUAAUCUCUUCCAUCGAUAUCGGAAACGAAAGCUCCGCGUUCAUAGAAGUCCUCGUCUCUAGGUCUUCAGACCCUGCGCAGGAUUUUCAUGUCAUUCUAGUGGCAUCAUCAUUCAUGACGCCGAUGGACGCUCGCCAAGGGACAAACCUAAACCGUGUCCGCAUGUUUGGGGCUGAAAAGCUGUCUCAAUCCUUUGUUAAAGAAAAGUGGGACCGUGUUAAAAUUGUGUGCACACAGCCUUUUAAUAAGAGUAUCCAGUAUGGCCUUGCCUUCAUCAAACUGCACUCACCUGAAGAAAUGACUUCAAAGGCCGAGCCUUCACCAAAAGCUUCCUUUGGGAAUUUCCAGUUAAAGGAGGAAGAAGAUGAAACCGAUCUUGCUGUCGGCGCAUGGUUUGCCAAAAGAAAAGAAAAAGCAUCUGUUGAUUCCUCGACCAGCCCUGCUGCGAUAAAGGCUGCCUCCUACGCAGCUACAGCACUUCGAACAGCAGAAGAGAAAACUUUGAAGCCAUCAAAGCCUGCCAGCAGCUGGAAGGCAUCCACAGAAGAACCAGAAGAAAGUUCUUCCUCAUCGGCCCCACAAAAACCGCAGAAGGCUCUCACCGUGCAGGCAGCUCCGAAGCCUGCAGCAAUACCCGAGGCAAAAAAGAAGCCUACCACUGAAAAGACAAAGCCAAAGGAGAUGCAAAAACCUCAGACACCAAAAGCUCAGAAAAAGAAGAAAACUAAGCCCCCCCAGAAGUUUGAAGAGCUCAUGAGGGGUGUUGUAUUUGUGCUCAGCGGCUUCCAGAAUCCACUUCGUUCUCAAAUUCGAGACAGAGCACUAGAGAUGGGGGCCAAGUACAAAGCAGACUGGGACCGCUCCUGCACUCACCUUGUGUGUGCCUUUCUGAACACACCGAAGUACGGCCAAGUGAAAGCAGCCGGUGGCAAGAUCGUCACCAAGGAGUGGGUGAUUGACAGCUACAAGGAGAAGUGCCUCAAGCCUUGGCCCCAGUACAAGCUGGGCUCCUAUCACCGGCCAUCGACUCCCGAAAACGACGACGACGAGGAUGAUGACGAGGAAGAGGACACCGAGAGAGGAGGUGACGACGAGGCGGAGGGAGGAGGAAGCGCAGCCGCCGCCACCGCACCGAACCCGCGCGAACGAAGGCGUGAAGAAUCCGGGGGCCAGACUGACUCCGCUAAACGACCCGCGCGGGACGCAGGCGGGGCCACGCCCCGUGGCAAGGCCCGCCGCGUGGAGCAGGACGACAAGGAAGAUGGCGACAGCGAUUUCGACGCUGAUACGGACGUUGACGAAAAAGGCGAUGAUUAUGAUACAGAGGACGAGAUAGAAAGGGUGAGGCAGCGGCAGAAGCAGGCAGCGGAAGCCGCCACCUCGGAGCUCGCGCGCUCGGGUUCCGAAGCCGGUCCCCGCCGCAGCGGCGAUGCGUCGUCGCGGCCGUCCUCGGAGACGCGGCCUUCCAUCGGCGGCGGCGAUGCGGAUGACGCGUCACCGAUUCCUUUGGACCUGCCCGAACUGCCGGCUUUCUUCACGGGGAAGUCGUUCCUGCUGUACGGUGAUUUCCCGGAGGACGAGAGGCGCGCGCUCAUCAGGUACAUCGUCGGCCACGACGGGGACCUCAAAGAGGAGCUGGACGACACCGUCAAGUUCGUCAUCACCAAGUCUGACUGGAACGACAGCUUCGACGAGGCGCUGUGUGCGAACGAGACGCUGGUGUUCCUGCGGCCCCGUUGGGUGACCCGCUGUCACGAGGCAAGCCGCAGUGUGCCGUACCAGCCUUUCGUGGUCGCCUGCCCGGAGUAGUAAACGCGUAACCAGCGCAGCGUUAGAACGUAGUUACGAACGGAAAACCCUGUUCUUUGCUCGCUGUGUUUCUAUUUCUGUUGUUGCUCAGUUACUGUAACAAAUGAGCGGCUGCAAGCACAUUAGAUGAGUCUGCUGCGGUAGUUGGCAGAGCUAAUAGGGACUGGUCGUCGUUGUUAACGCCACUAACGCUGCCCAAAGAUGCUGGAAAUAGACGGUUUUGUAUUUGUGUGGCGAUCAUCUGUUUCCUUUAAACCUCGAUUUGAAGGUUUGCUUUUAUUGUGUUUUUAACUUUAUAUUUUAGUUUAGUUGUUUCAGAGUUUGUACAUCAAGAAAGAUCGCGAUUUGAUUUGCAGUCGCGCCCCACGUAGAGUUUGCUCUGUCAUUUUCACUGCGGUACUUUUUUUGGUAGAAUCAAGCUAUGUUUUAUGUGAUGUGUAUUCUGUCUCUUGGAGCCUGGUGAUUAUUUCUAAAAAUAAUGCUUCGUCUUUUCUGGAGCCCUUGGUCAUACUGCAGCAUAUUUCCAAAACUUGACAGGACUGUCUCGUUGUAAAUACAGGCAUGUGUUCGGUUUCUCUCUCUCACUCAUUUUUCAUCUUAAGAAAAAAAAGAUGUCUUUUAUAUGUGUUUUAUUUUAUACCAAUUUCCUCGUCUUGGGAUGUUUCCACGUGAUCUAGAGUUUUUUUUUUUUCUUGCCUUGGAAUAUUGAUUCCGGUAGCACAAGAGCUUCGUGCGACUGCUUUGACAGAAAAAUACUUUAGCGCUUUAUGCGUUAAACGAGCCUAUUACCGUUUGGUACUCCCCUACGACGCAUAAAAAUGAUCGUGAAGUUUAAUUAUACUUAUGUACGUGUUAUGUUGCAGUGUAAAGCAAGAGAAAUCGGGGCCCAGUUUCCUCAUUUCAGUUUUCACGACAGGAACUGAUUUGUAUCGCGCGGUUCACGCAAUAAUAUAAAAAAAUAUAUAUGGAUCUUACAGUUACAAAAGCUGUGAAAAAUAAGCUUAUGGGGCACAUUCCUUAAAAUGAACAUACAGGUAUAUUUUUUUCUUAAGAACGAGGAAACAGUUGCAGCAUUUAGUUCAAUUCUUCAUUGAAAAUAUAGCCGGUCGAACUUCUCUCACUGGCAGCUUGCAGUAGCGGCACUAUAAUAUUGUUCCUCUCUAUGUUACUGUGUAUUCCUCCAUCUCUUACUGAUGUUCCCAGUCUGCUAGUUAUCUAUGCGAAGUUCAGUGAUUCGAAAUCUUGUUACUGGUAUUCCGUUGUUUACUAUUGUUUUUGCUGCAGUCUUAAUGUCACUGUUUUUAUCUUAUUAAAAUGUAGUGUGUAGCCGUAAUAAGUGCUUAUUUUGUAUGCUGAUUCCUGGCGUUCUUGAAAAACGGCUUCGUGUACCUGCGCUCUGCCAAAAGCCUUGUAAAUAAAAUUUGCACGUGCA